AUGCUAAAUUAUUCAAACAACCCGACGACAAGCCGUUGCAAAAGGUAAGCCCCGGAUUAUGUUGUGAUAAGAGAAUUUUGUAGAUUUAGCAGAAUAUAAAGGUUUAUAUAGCGCGUGAUUUGAUAAAAGCUGGUCGAUUUUGGACUCUUUAGAAUGAUAAAACUAUAAGCUAUCUAAAUCUUAUAAGUAUAAACAUCUUGUUGACCUUUUUGUCCAAAAAUUUCAGCUUAUAUUAUAGUAGACACCUACUACAACAUAUUUUGAUCCAUUGCCUCGCAUUUUUGCCAAUUUAUCUCAAAUGCGUUGUAAAAUAACAAAGAUUACGUUAAUUUUUAGCUAUCCAAACCAUUUUUUAACUAAAAUACCCAUUACUUCCAAUAGAAUUAGCCAAUUUCAAAAGAUAUACCACCAAAUAGCUAAAAUGUUUUUUGCUCAACAAACUGCCAAAAAACCUUAUAACUUAUAAUAAUUUUAUAAAAUACAUAAUGGCUAACCCUUCUUAAAGCUUAUAUUAUCCAUCGUCAUCCAGUUGUUACCUAAAAACCAAAGAAAAACAAUAAAAGACUUAUUCAUUCUAUGAUAAUAUCCAGAUUGGUCGAAGUUGAUCUGUUUGUCUGUUGGAAACUGUCUGGGGUCAUCUUGACAAUUAUCUUGCACGAUUCUAACCUUGAAAUAGCAAAAUUUUCCUUUUUUGGCCAAUUUUUCAUUAAUUAAUGACGUUACGCAAAGCUCAGUUUUUCGUGUUGGGACCAAGUUGAUGUGACUAUGUUAUUUUGUUUAGGCAUUCGACUUGUUUUAAAAUGGCUAAACUGAACUUUUAUGUCAUAUAUAGGUCCUAAAUAGUCCAAAUAAUUUUCAGCCAAUCAAAUCUGACCACAUCCACCUCAUUACCAACGUUAAGUUCACCACCAUCAAGUUCGAGCAGUUUGUCUCGUGAACAACUUACUAUAAUAUGUUAUGAAACACGUUUGUUUGCUAUUUUCUGUGUUUUUAUUGCAACUAUAUGUGCCAUAAGUACGGUGUUGUUGGUGCCUUUAGUCUAUUCACAUAUGGUUCAUGUUGAGGAUGUUGUUGAAGAGGAUCUGAUCUUCUGCCAGCAUAGAGUUAGAUACGUCAAGGACAGGCUUUAUGAGGUUUGUGUGGAUUUUUAAUUUGUUUUUAGUUUUUUAUGUCAUUUUAAAUUAUUUAAAAAAAAAUUUUUUUUGAUUUUUUAAAAAUUUAUGGGUACCGUCAGGAAAAGUGCCAUUUUAGAUGAACUUGACCUCAGAUUGGCAUAAAAUUUAUACUAAAGAUGGCAUUUAUAAUAGAGAAUGUUAUGUUAAAACGUAAUUUGGCUUACUUCUUUGGAAAAUUUGUUACAAGCCAUCAAAGUUAUAUUAACAUAGACCUUUUGACCUUAACAUUGAAAAUAACCUAAUAUUAUAGUUGACAGACGGCUUCAUACCGCGCAGAAAACGUGCCAGUGUGUUUGACGAAGUUUCUGUGAAAAGAUUGGCUAAAAAGCGGAGACGACUGAAGAAGAAACAAAUAAAGCAUCUGGAAGAUGACUAUGUUGAGGAUGAUGAUUAUGAUAUUGAGGAUGGGUACAGAGAAAAGGGUAAGAAACUGGUUUUAUAUGCUUCAAAAUGGCAAGAACUUUCUUUAUAAAACAAAAAAUGGCAAGAACUUUCUUUACAAAACACAAAAUGGCAAGAACUUUCUUUACAAAACAAAAAAUGGCAAGAACUUUCUUUACAAAACAAAAAAUGGCAAAAACUUUCUUUCCAAGCCCAACUAUAAGCUUAGUUUCUUUCAGAUUACAUAGAAGAGCCAAUCAAAGUAGCACCAUCUGGAUAUCGUUCUCCAUUCACCUUUGGUACAGAAUCUCGAAAGGAUGUACUAGACGACGGUGGUACUGCUGGGAAGCCGGUACCAGUCCAAUCAGGCUCUAAGUACAAUGAGAGGUACAGUAGCUCCAAAUCGUCAUAUAGUGCCCCAAAAGGAUCAGCAGUACCAUACGCAUCACCCAAAGUACCAUCAGUACCAUACGCCCAAGCUAGACCAUCUUAUGUAGCACCACCUGCUUCAGCACCACCAAGCUAUCACGAGCCGGACCAGUGCUGUAGUUGUGGAAUGGGACCGGCAGGACCAGCUGGCCCAAGUGGACCAGAUGGUGCUAAUGGUCGCGACGGAAAGCCAGGCCAUAAUGGUCCUAAUGGUCAAGACGCCGAAGCCGAUCAGGUACCAACUGUGGACGAUUUCUGUUUCGAAUGUCCCAGAGGACCAGCGGGACCACGUGGACUACCUGGCUCAAAAGGCUUGACCGGUGAACCAGGUGCACCAGGCCGGCACGGUGAUUCCCCACAACGUGGCGUACCAGGUCGUGCCGGACCUCGCGGACAACGUGGUACACCAGGCAAGCCAGGACUAAAAGGACCAACUGGACGACCAGGUAUUCUACAAACAGUCGAAGGCCCUACGGGUGAACCAGGUGCACCAGGCGAAGAUGGUUCACCCGGUCCACCUGGGAUGCCAGGAGAGUCGGGACAUGCUCAGCCUGGACCACCUGGACCGGUCGGUGAUCCUGGACUACCUGGUGAGGAUGGGCAGGUUGGUGAAGUUGGUGCACCUGGCAAGAGGGGACCAAGGGGAAAGGCUGGAGAUUGUUCACAUUGUCCUAGGCCUAGAUUGCCUCCGGGGUUUUGA